AUGGAUCAAGCUGCUGGAAUGACGCUCACAUCUAUGGUAAAGGUUGCUGUUGCACACUAUGGGGUUGUUGUCACAAAUGUAGAAGCGGUUACCAUGAUGACGGAUGUACAUGCCGAAAAACUGGUCCCUCUGCGUAGCAAUGACUAUUUCUGGAUCGGCCUGACAGAUAUUCAAGGAGAGGGAAUUUGGCGCGUGUACUCAAGCAAGAGUUUGUUGACUUCCACUGGGUUUUCAAGUUGGGAACCGGGACGGCCAGACAAUGUUGGCGGGAAGAAAAAUUGUGGUCAAAUUCGACCAGACAGUCUUUGGGGUGAUAACCCGUGCCAUGUAUUUAAAUUCUAUAUCUGUGAGAAGCCAUUGGAGUAA